GUUAGUUACGAUAUAAAAUUCUGAACUCCAUCUUUCCAAAACAGCAAUUUUUCUUAAUUUUUAAACGGGUUUUUUUUCAAAUAAGUGUGUCCAAGAAUAGUGUAUCACAAUGUUGACUGGUAUCUUGUCUGUGUGUGUUUUGUGCCUAGUUUGGCUUACAUUGAAGGGUUGGAGGCGAGCUCGCUCCAGUGAACAUAAGUUACCGCCCGCAAUGGAUGGCGAAUUGCCCAUCAUUGGUCACAUGCAUAUUGUUAUUUAUUAUGUCACAAAUAUCUACAAGUUUAUGAAGACCUUGAGUGAUGAAUGUGCUAAGAAAGGCGGUCUUAUGUACGGCAAAUUUGGCAGCGAAUUGUAUUAUUUCAUAACCGAUCCUCAGGACAGUUUGACAGCGGCCAGUGCAUGUCUGAACAGGAAUUACGCUUACAAUUUAGCUGAAGUUUGGCUGGGAAAUAAUAGUCUGGUGCUUUCUGGAGGAGAAACAUGGAGACAUCGCCGCAAGCUGCUGAACCCGGCGUUCAGUCUGCCGGUGAUCCACGGCUUCUUAGACGUGUUCAACAGUCAGGCCAAGAAACUGCUUAACCAAUUUGAGCCUUAUGUUGGCAAAGGGCCAUUUGAUCACAGCGUGUAUUUUCUGAAAACUUCCUCGGAAACACUUUGUGUUGGCACAUUUGGAAUAAAUCCAAAAGAAGCCGCAGAGUUUACCGAGAAAUACGAAAAAGCACUUUUUGAUUUAAUAAGACUCCUUAUAAAGAAGUUUUUGAGGUUUUGGCUGCAGAAUAGAUUGAUAUACAAACUGUUUGGAUUGAAGAAGAAGGAAGAUGAAUUGGUUCAUACUUUACACUCAAUGUCUGAAAAAGUUCUACAAGAGAAACUCCAUGACAGAAAGAAUAAAGUUCUAAAAGCACAAACAAAUGGUACAGGAUACAGACCUUUCUUAGAUCUAAUUUUAGACCUGUCAGAGAAUGGUGCACUGACAGAUAGAGAAAUUAGAGAAGAAACUGACACUAUCAUAUUCACUGGGAUUGAAUCUACGUCCAACCAGUUGACAUACAUUCUCUUGCUACUGGGAGCUCAUCCUGAGGUACAAGAUAAGUUGUAUGAAGAAGUUUUAGAUAUUGUAGGAGCAGAAAGGGAUGUCGUAAAGGAUGAUUUGAACAAACUGGUUUACACAAAUGCAGUUAUAAUGGAGUCUUUGAGAGUACUUCCAACUGUACCUCUCAUACUUAGGAGUGUGGGCCAGGAUGUUAAACUAAAAAACUACACAAUGCGUGCUGGAAGUCACUGUCUCAUAUUUCCUCUGAUGCCUAACGUUAAAUCUACCAGCGGCACGGAAAGUGAUCUCUUCAGACCAGAAAGAUGGCUGAAUGCUGACUCCAAAACUCAACAGGAAUUCGCUGGAUUUGGAUUGGGGAAACGAGCCUGUUUAGGUAGAACAUACGCGAUAGUUAUGAUGAAGGUAGUACUAGCUCACUUCAUACGUCAGUACCGAGUACAAGCUGACAUGAGUCAGCUACAGCUGUCUGCAGACUUCGCGAUGAAACCAGUGUCUGGUCACGAGAUAAGUAUUGAACGAAGAACUUAA